CAUUUAGUGCAAAGUGAAUCACCAGCCACAGGUGUGCACUUGUCCUGCUUCUUGGGGGCUGCAACUGAGGCAGAUAAGGUCCUGCUGCCUGUGCUAUAUAACCAGCCCCACAGCACCUGCUGCCUGUUCUGUUGGAGGUUAAGAUGAGCCCAGAACCUUUGAAGAAACGUGGUUAUGCUGCUGCUCCUGGGGAAAAAAGAUCUAAGAGGAAGGUGAAGAGAAAGGAAGCCUUUUCAGUCUAUAUUUACAAAGUACUGAAACAGGUGCACCCCGACCUCGCCAUCUCCUCCAGGGCCAUGAGCAUCAUGAACUCCUUUGUGAACGACAUGCUGGAGCGGCUGGCGGCCGAGGCCUCGCGCCUGGCGCAGUACGGGCGCCGCGCCACCCUCACCAGCCGCGAGGUGCAGACGGCCGUGCGCCUGCUGCUGCCCGGGGAGCUGGCCAAGCACGCCGUCUCCGAGGGCACCAAGGCUGUCACCAAGUACACCAGCAGCAAGUGA